AUGACCCUGUUUCAUUACCAGCGUGGUGUUACCUCGGGAUGUGGCUUGGGGUUGGCGUUCAGAGUCAACUUCACCUUCUCUCUCAUGCCCCAGUUUGGUACUGCUGGGUCCAAUGGCUUUGCACUUGUCAUAGCAGCAAAGCCCAAGGUGGGGAAGCCUGCUGGUGUGGGGUACAGUGGAUCGGGACUUCGGAGCAUAGCCGUUGUCUUUGACACGCUUCCGAAUGAUGUGGGCGAGCAGCACGUGGGGCUGUGCAUCAACGGCACAGAGGAGUGUUUGGUCAAGGAGGUGUCUCCAUUCACACUGACCGAUGGCGACUCAUACAAGGUGUGGGUGGACUAUGAGCCUGGGGAUCCCGGCACCAUUCAAGUGUUUCUGGCCGGUUCGAAUACAAAGCCAGACGAGCCACUGCUGCUUGGGAGGGUGUCGCUGUGUGCGGUGCUGCAGCCGGGAGUGAAGCAGCCGGCAUUCUCGUUUGGGUUCGUUGCGUCCACCACUGUGAAGCCCUUCCAGCGGCUAGGCAUUCUCUCCUCCACCGUGCAAACAGGCAUUCCUAAGGUCAAGGCCGUCCUGUUCAAAGAUCAAGCCCUUGGCCUCUCGCUAUCGGAGGACACAUUUGCACCGUCUCGAGGCAGCCCCUUUUCGCGCUACGUGAGUUCGGAUUUCGAGCUCUCGGCCACCAAGAAGGACGCGUGGAGGCUUCGUGACUUCCACACGUGGGACUCUGUGGAUUUCCUUGGCUGGCCUGUCAAGAACCAGCGAGACUGCAAUACGUGCUGGGCAUAUGCGGUGGUGGCGAGUGUGGAGGCGGCAUACGGCAUUGCAAAGCAGCAGAGCGCCCCUCAACUGUCAGUGGAGGCGCUCUUCGCCCUCAUGGGGCUCUCCGACUCCGACAAGUGCUCCGCUGGCGGCUCCCCCACGCAGGCCCUUGAGAAGCUUGUGGCUCUCGAUGCCUCCAGUGGGCUCACAGGGGACAGUGACCCGGCAACAACGUACCCGGUGCAGUCGUUCGAGCGAGCGCGGUUCAGGGGGUAUGUGGGGCUCAUGAUGGCAGUGCAGAACCAGCCAGUGGUGGUUCACAUCCAGGCGUCUGCUGCCACGUUCGUGAUGUAUGAUGGGACAUACAAAUACCAGGAUCCUGAUUGCUAUACAGGAAGUCUCAACCAUGUUGUACUCGUUAUUGGGUACUUCAUUACGAGAAAUGACGGCAGCCAGAACCGCAUUGCUCCUCCGUUUUGGAUUAUUCGCAACUCGUGGGGAGAGGAGUGGGGCGACAAGGGUCACAUGCGCAUGGACAUUCAGGGAGGGGAUGGCGUGUGUGGCAUCAACGUGCUGCCUGGCAUCUACCCCGUUGUCAAGAUUCCAGGGGACCCCUGUGGUCAAAGCAGCUACCAGGGAGAUCGGCCGCAGCCCGUUAUGAAUCCGUGUGGCCGAUUCAAAUGUGGCGUGACAGCAGAGAGCACGAAUAACUGCACCUGCAACAUUCCUACCGCUACUGUGCAGCCUUUUGUACAGGUGGUGAAUGGAGAUGGCUUCACCACAUGUGCUUAUGUGGACGUGUGUGGGUCAUACUUCAAGAACCCCUGCUACGUGGGAGCAUGCAUCAACGAUGGCAAGGGCUCCUACUCCUGCAUCUGCCCUCCCAAUCACGUAGAAAGCAUAACCAUUUACGGCUUCCCAACCUGCGAUCCAGUUAAUACCACAGCCACCACAAUGACAGUCACUGGAGACAACUGGUUGUGUUCGGAUGUUCAUCCACUUGUUGACCUCUCACUCACUGACUUCACUGACCAAAACGCGGGCAUCGACUGCAGCCAGCCAUUGCUCAAGGGUAGUGUCCUUCAGCUGGCUAAUACUCCCGACACACCCUGCACUGCCUUCUUCUACACCCUUAAUGGGGACACCUGUGCAUCCAUGAGCAGGCAGCUCAACUUCACUGAAGCUGAUCUCGCUGAUCUCAACCCCGGACUUGACUGCUCCAAGCCCAUCAAGGCGGGCCGCUCUGUGUGCCUCGAGCGCAGUGAUGCCUUCGCCUUCACCGUCCCUGAGUGUGUGAGAUACGGCACGCUCACUCCGCAAGACACGUGCGAGAAGCUGCUUAAGAGGACCAGCACGAGUGUCCCCCCUUCGGAUGGCACUACACAAGGGGGUGCCAGUGAGAACCCAUGGGCUGCGCUGUACCGCAACAAUCCCGGCCUCACUUGCUCCAACACCAUCCCUUCCUCGGCCUACGCGACGGGAAGCAAGAUUGGCGUACAGAUCUGCCUCAGCGCAGAGUAUUGGUCAUUCCAGUUAGGUUUGUGCAACAAGGGGAGGGCCAAGCGAGUUGCACCAACGUUGACAUGUUCAGGUGCUUACCGCUUUUAUGGUGGAGGAGCUGCUGCUAGUGCGGCGUUUACAGACUACAACGGUAACGCUUGUGCUGGAACAGUAGGAGGAAAGGUUAUUUGUGUGCCGUGA